AUGGUAAAAUAAAAUAAAAUCAUGUUGAAAUCAAUAGCAAUAAUUCAAAAAUCAAAAUUAGUUCCUGUCUAACUAUCAAACAACUAACUUUCUCUCGGGGAACCAGCAAGCACCUAACUUUUUUUUUUUUUGAAAGGCUUAAAAUCUUCCUCUCGUUCUUCUUUCAUCUUUCAUUUUUUGUAUAUUCUUCCAGUAAGAAAUGGAGAGAGCAAGCAUGGAGGAAGGUCUUCUUGUGGAAGAAAAAACUGCUGAUAAAUAUGGCGGCAUUGGUGGCAGUGACGAUGGUGAUUCCUCCUCCUCCAUCACAGCUGCUGUUGUCUUCAGCACGGCGGUUGCUGUCUGCGCUUCCUUCACUUAUGGCUGCGCUGCCGGAUAUACAUCACCUGCUGAGUCUGGAAUCAUUGAUGAUCUGACACUCUCUGUGGCUGAGUACUCAUUCUUUGGUUCCAUACUGACAAUUGGAGGAAUACUAGGCGCAGCAAUAAGUGGGAAGAUAACAGACCUUAUUGGUCGCAGAGGUACAAUGUGGUUUUCUGAGAUAUUCUGCACCAUGGGGUGGCUUGCAAUAGCAUUUGCCAAGGAUCAUUGGUGGCUUGACUUGGGAAGAUUGUCAAUAGGAUUUGGAAUUGGGCUUAUUUGUUAUGUGGUACCUGUAUAUAUUGCAGAAAUUACACCCCAGAAUAUUCGGGGAGGUUUCACAUCAGCCCACAUGUUGAUGAUCUGUUGCGGGUUUUCUCUGACUUUUUUUGUUGGAACUAUCAUUUCCUGGAGGAUUCUGGCGUUAAUUGGAGCUAUUCCAUGCAUUUUACAGGUUAUAGGUUUAUUCUUCAUCCCGGAGUCUCCUAGAUGGCUGGCCAAGGUUGGUCGAGAAGAGGAUUUGGUAGCUGCUCUAAGGAGGCUAAGGGGAGUGAAUGCUGAUAUUUCUCAAGAAGCAGCAGAGAUCCAAGAUUAUACUGAGGCCUUUCAACAUCUCUCAGAAGCUAGAAUUCUAGACUUGUUGCAGAGGAGAUAUGCUCAUUCCCUUAUUGUUGGAGUUGGGUUGAUGGUGCUGCAACAAUUUGGAGGAAGCAAUGCCAUAGCAUAUUAUGCAAGUGCCAUCUUUGAAUCAGCUGAUUUUUCAAGUACAUUUGGUAUAAGAGCAAUGGCUAUUCUCCAGAUCCCAGUGACUUUGUUGGCUGUAUUCUUAAUAGAUAAAUGUGGAAGACGACCACUUCUAAUGGUUUCUGCAGCUGGAAUGUGCUUGAGUUGUUUGGUUGUAGCAUUAUCAUUUUUAUUGCAGGACUUGCACCAGUGGAAGGAGAUAACUCCUAUUUUGGUACUUAUUGGCAUAUUGGCAUAUACGGCAAGCUUCUCCAUGGGAGUUGCAGGACUACCAUGGGUUGUCAUGUCAGAGAUAUUUCCCAUAAACAUAAAGGGCUCAGCUGGAAGCCUGGUGACUUUAUCUAAUUGGUUUUGUUCUUGGAUUACCACAUACACCUUUAACUUUGUAUUUGAAUGGAGCUCAGCAGGAACAUUCUUGUUGUUCUCAAUUAUCUGCGGUGCAACUGUCCUAUUUGUUGCAAAGCUGUUGCCAGAAACCAAGGGGCGAAGGCUCGAAGAAAUACAAGCAACAAUGAUUGGAUGAGUGCUGUAAUGAAAAUAUUGUUCCUUCUCUCAGACAUUUCUUGAUCAUGAGAUUAACAAAAGAAGACGAAGAUUCUGUAAUCAGUUUUGGUUUCAAGUAUUCUGUAAUAAGAAAGCUUUACAUAUGAACUUUCAUGGGAAAGGUAGGGAAUAUAAUUUAAGGAAGAUGAAGGUUUUAGUGAUAUUGUAGACCUUCAUUUUGUCCCUAGCACACAUUUUUUUAUUAUUUUUUCUCCCUAGCCACUCUUUUUAACACAUGUUUAGGAUUCCUUUUGCUCAGUUUUUCAUCAUCCAUUAGUGGUCCAUGUCUACUUAGCUCAUUAUUGAUUUUUCAGCUACAUUUCGGAAACUUAUUUUGGGUCGGAGCACGAUUAUUGAAGGCCUCUUGGGAUUGGUUUUUUUUUCUAGGCUUUGUGUUUUUAGAGCUUUAGAGCUAUUUUGGGCAGCUUGGUUGGGAUGAGGACACACGUCCUGGCCGUUCGCUUUCUCUUUUUCUUGGCCCUUUUUGGCCUUUUGUGAGGCCCUUUUCCUCACCUUUUUGGAGCACCUUUUUUGUUGUGGGAACAGAGAGGGGAGUGGGGACAAUCGCUGCAGGGGAGUGGGCUACAAGAGACACAUAGCAAAGGACACUGUUGUCUUGGCAUGGUGGUUAGGAACCAGAGGACAUUUUUCCAAGCGAGAGCGGUGAACUGCGGGGGAACGGGAAGGAUUCAGCAGGGAGGUUUUUGGGGGAUUAGAGGACUCUCCGGAGAGCUGUUUUAGGAAGGUGCAGAACAGUGAGAGAAAGAAGGGCAAAGGGGUUACAGAGCAGAGGUGACAGCUGGUGUCUUGAGAGAGCUAUGAGUAGAGGAGUUGAGCCUACUGAUUUUCCUGGGUUUUAAAGAGAGCGAGCUGAGUGGAGAUUUUGGAGCUGUGAGAAAAAGAGAGGAGCAGAGAAAGCAAGAAAAGCUGUGAGAAAAGAGAGUUGGAGCAAAGCUAGGUAGUGCGGGGAAGCUAAGCAAAAAUCUUGCUCGAGAGGAAGCCUCCCAGGUAAGGUCUCUGUGAACUUCACAUUUCCUCAUUUUCACAUUAUUCUUUCACAUUUUUCUACAGAUUCCCUGGUGUUAGUUUAUUGAUUGGUUUGGACAUUAAGGAUUAUUGGUCUAUUUUUGCUUAAUCUAUUUGUUUGCAUACAUGCUCUAUUUGAUUUCAUCUUGAUAUCCUUGACUCCUCUUGUAAGUAUUUGAUGCACGGCUUCAUUGCUGAGCUUGAUUUAUAAGAAUCAUGCUUGUGUUUUUUUUGUUAAUCCCACCUAUUAUUAGCCCAUGGAUGUCACCUGAAAUGAGGCUCUGUACAUUUCUGUUUUGCAUGUUCUCCUAUUUGCUUUACCCUCAGUUUUGUUACUAUGGUUCCUAUCUUUGCUUUUAUUCCUCUGUUACUGGUGUGUUUGGGGUGUUGAGUAUGGCCAUCUUGAUUGGGGUGCUUUUGAGAGAGCCCCAUGUGAGCCACGUUGCAUGCAGUUGGAAAUUUCUUGGUGCCUCUAAACCUAUGAGAACCACUGCAAUGGAAAUGGAUUCUGAAGAUGAAGAAAAUGAUGGUCAUUGCUGUUGGGUUGGUUGAAUAGAUUCAGCUGUGGAAGGCAUCAGUAAUGAGCAAUUUAUCCAACUUUGCAUCUUUCUCGUAUUGGGUUCACCGGAUAAUGGGAAAAUUCUGAAAUUUGUUGGUUAUUUGUGGAGAAGUCAAGGAUUGAAGCUCUACUGAAGCUAUCUGCUACAGCCUAAUAUUGUCUGGUCUUUCGAAGGAAUGUUUAUUGUUUUAUCCAGCACCAUGGUCUUCGGGAGGCAUUGUCCAGAAGGCUUGCUUCUAGCAAGACAUGAUGCUGUUUCUCUUGAUGAUGAUGGGAAUAUCACAGUUAAACUAAGAAAAUUAUUCCAAUGCCAUAUCCACUCUGAUCAGAUAUUGAAAGAGGAUCCUCUCCGGGUGGGAAUUCUGCUGGUAUGGAGAAAAUGGAAAGUCAUGAUGUAAAGGUGCCCUAUUGAUUCAGAUUGGUGGUUGAAAACUUCCUCUUCAAGUGUCUGAAUUCCACGUAGAGAAGGAGCUCCAAAACAUGCUAAAUUGCCAAGGUGCCUAGUGAAUGCUCCAUGCUUAUAUGAUAUCCGGACACCCGGUUACAGCUUCUGAUGACCGACACCAGUUGAAAGAUCUGAUUCACCAUUGUUUUUUCUUGAGUUAAAUCUUGAGAAGGCUCGGAGAAGUGUGAAUAGUGUUGGAGUGGUUGGAAAUAUGGUUGAUGCUGUAGAUGGAGGAUAUGAAAGGGAUGGCUAUCUCUCCUUCCUUGUCGGCCAAAGCUGAGAUGGAUUCAUUUCUUUAUGGGAUUGAGCUCCACAAGGUGGUGAAAGAAAAUAAGACACUUGUUUCUGCCUCUUAUGGAUUCAACAUCUUUAAAGCUCCAUCCAGACUCCUUUGGUGUUGAACAAUACUUUGCUGCAGAGAUAUGUUCUGCCCUUAUAUUCCUUCACUCCAACAAGCCUUUAAUCAUCCAUGGAAAUCUGAAACCCACCAAGGUGUUCUUUGAUGGAAAUUACGUUUGCAAACUGGCGGCUUGAGGGUUGGUGCAUGCUUCCAGUUUUUGAUUGUAAGGGUGUUCUGGAGAAAGGUUUUCUUAGCAUGACUGCUUGUGAGCUCGUUCUAGGGCAUAAGAAAUUAGAAAGAGGAUUUAAGAUAAUAAACCUCAGUUUUGGACAAGAAGAAGAGAUAUUUGAAGAGUUGUUAAGGAAUGACCCUUAUUAAGUUGACGACAUGGACAUUUAUCCCAGUGGGCAUUAAAGGAAGGUGCAUUGGCUGAGUAAAACAAGUAUCAUGGUGUCAUCUUAUUUCCUGAAGGGUUCAUUGAGAGUAUUCUUGAAGUUUAUGCUCUCUCACAUGAAAUUCAUGGUUUGCUCAGGUCAUCAUCAGCUCGUGAACCAUGUUUACUUUUCUCCUCACGGACAGUGGUGGCUUUGAUACUGAGGAAGCAUGUCCCUACUCCAGACUGCAGAAAAUUAUCCCCAUCCUUCAACUUAUCUCCAACACCAUACCUAUCACCAUCAGUUUAUCCCCAUCCUUCAUACCCACCACCUUCAACUUAUCUCCAACACCAUACCCAUGACCAUCAGUUUGUCCCCCGUCAUCAUGCCCACCAUAUCCCUUUUCCUCAUACCCACCACCUUCAGCUUCACUCAUCAACAAGCCAGCUUCUCCCACUUCCUCGACCACUCAUUUCCUACCAGCUUCUUUUCCAACCUUCCCACAAGCAUGCAAUCUUUGCUGCAUGGCCACCUGCUCCACUCUUUAGUUCACCCAAAGGAAACCAAAAUAGCAAUUCUGGUCUAAACCCCCUCCUCCACCACUCAUUUCCCACGAGCUUCCUUUCUACCCAUUCCCUAUGUGCAUGCAGCUUUUGCAUUACAUGGCCAUCUUCGAUGAACCCCAUGCAGCCAUCCACCUGCGCCCAAACCUCUACCAGAUUACCUUUGUCGGCCCCACGUGCAGACUGAGCAAGUCCAUGGUCUGAGUUUGAGGGAGAGUUUUUCUGAAUUUGAUGAUUCCGAUUUAGAGGAAGGUCUCCCAGCCAAUUCCUUAGAAACUGGAAAAACCUGAGUCAAAGGUUGAGCAAGCAAAGGUUGUACCAACCAAUGCCAAUGUUGCCAAAGCAAAGGUGAAAGAUGAAGAAGCGGCAAAGAUUCAACUGUGGAAUUGAAAUUGGGUUUCCUGCCUUGUAGAGUGCACCACCAUCUGAUGGGGAUGCAUGCUUAGGUGGCAAGAUUUGGGUUAUUGAAUCCAAUUUGGAUCUAUGUCCAUGUUCAGAAUCUAAAGUGGUUCUUAGAAUGGUUCGACUGCAGGAGGGCAAUGAUGCAUUUCUUCCGACCUAAAAAUUGAAACCAGGUUCUGACUUCCAGGUACAUGAGAGCAGUGAGGCAUUUCUGAACAAGGCUCUCACUAUGGAAAUACCCCAGGGUUGGAGAAGCAGAUGAACCUUCAAUGUAAAUGACUCACCGCUGGAGCAAGGCCAAGUUCUGCCUUCAGAUUUGUUCAAACUUCAGCACCGGAUUUUUGAAAGGCGGGAGCUUCUAAAUAUGAAAAGGAGGACAUUUAGGCAUGGCCCUAUUGAUGUAAAAAUGAACCUGGCACCAUUUCUGUCUUCCCAUUCAUGGUAUCUAAAGUAAUGCUGAGAUCUGAGGGACUCCCUGAGACAUCAAAGAUAGCUAUUCUUAAUGCAAACCACAUGGCAAAAUCGUCUGGUGAACCACUUGAUUGAGGAGACCAAAGACCCAUGCUGAUCGUCUAUCUAAACAAUUGGAAGUCUUCUUCACAAGUUGGCAAUCAUCCUCUGUACUGUUCUGGAAUACCCAUCUAAAGAAGAAGCUGCCUCCAAGUUUCAGAAGGAAUCCUAUUCAGUUUGGGAAGGACGACACACAAACUAUCAAAUGGGAUGUGCAGUAACAAUGGAGAAGAUGAUCUUUGCCUCGGUUCAUAAUUGGAGGUUGGGGAAUCAUAGAUUUGCCGUUAAUCAAAGGCUUCUAAUUAUUGAAAUGGCUUCAGCAACAAUUAUUUAGCUUCUGAACAACUUGUGAGACUUGGUCCUAUGAGAUUCUUCAAGGAUAGUACGGAUGUGAAGCCUGCAAGGGGUUUGAGCAUAGAUGCUGCAAUUCCCAAACAGUCUAUUGUGGGAUAUUUUUGUAAUUAUGUGCCUAUGUAUUAACACAAUGUACAUUAAACUAUCUUAUUUUGAAGCCUAACUAAAUGUGAUCAAUUAAAUUAAUGAUGAACCUUUAAAGCAUC